AUGCUUGGUAUCGUCGUUGCACUGUUGCUGUUUGCGCAAAACACAGAGCAGUAUGGAUCUGGUGCUCCACCUGGGGCCUGCGUGGACCAGAUGCCGCGCCACUCCGGCAUAAUGGCGCAGACAUCGGUGCCGCCCUACGCGCUCACCGCGUCCGCCUCUCAAGUGCGCCAGGGUUCGAUUCUCAACGUCACCAUCGGCAGCCCGUUUGGGGCGCCGGUGCCCAUCGGGGGCUUCCUGCUGCAGGCUAGGCAGGUCCAGAGCCCCGACACCAUAGAGGGGACGUUUGUGGGCGUGCCAAGCGCCGCGAUGGCCCAAAUCAUAAGCUGUCGCGGGAACAACGAUUCCGUGACCCACACCUCGCCAGAGGACAAGCCUCCUCUCACCUUCCAAUGGAGAGCUCCGGACGAUUUACUCGGCGGGGUGUUCUUUAGAGCAACGGUCGCGCAAAGCUACGCGACCUUCUGGAAGAACGUCGAAUCGCCGGUGGUCGAAGUGGUGACCCGCGAAACUGCCAUCGCCACCACCGAGGCGACAUCCACUACGCGUAGGCUCCCGCAAACCCCACCGUCCAUCAUGGAGACCAAGGUGAAAAGCACCACGCCGCUGCCGGACAUAGUGUACCGGGGCUGUGGCGACACCAAGCUGUGCUUCGGGGUGCCUUCGGGGUGCGUGGACAGGGGCGAGUGUCGGGCCGUCGUGGCCGUGCUGGUCUCCGGCGAGGAGUUCGGCUUCGAGCUGCAGGCCGACGGCUCGGCCCGCUACGUGGCGGCCGCGCUGAGCCGGGACUCCAGGAUGGGCGAGGACAGCGCCAUGGAGUGCGUGAGGAGCCAGGACGGCAGCGUGUCCCUCCACUCGUCCUGGACCUACCCGAAGGUGGAGCCCUACGUGAGCAGGGCCGACUCCCCGCAGAGCAUCCUCCGCCUGCUCGGCUCCUCGUACAUAGACGGGAAGCUGUACUGCAAGUUCGUCAGAGAUCCCGUCUCGGUGGUGCAGGGCCGGACCUUCGAUCUGGUCAACGACAAGUUCUACCUGAUGGUCGUCUCCGGCGACAGCAUGAAAGACGCGGAGCGCGUGGGCUUCCACUCGUUGGCGUACGAGUCGACGGGGACGCCCCUGGCGUUGGCGGCGGUGGGCGCCCCAGAGGCGGCGCCGAAACUACUCAUCAAGCUGCACGGCGCGUUGAUGCUGGCGGCCUGGAUGGGCAGCGCCUCCGCGGGGAUUCUGCUGGCGAGGUACUUCCGCGCCACCUGGGUGGGCAGGCGGCUGGCCGGCAACGACAUCUGGUUCGCGUACCACCGCAUUCUGAUGGCGGGCACGUGGGUGCUGACGCUGGUGGGGUUCGUGGUGAUCCUGGUGGAGGCCGGUGGGUGGGCGCCCGGCGGUGGGAACCCACACGCCAUCACCGGCAUCGUCACUGUCAUCCUGUGCUUCAUUCAGCCCAUAGGAGCAUACUUCCGUCCGCAUCCUGGCACUAAAAAGCGCCCCAUCUUCAACUGGCUCCAUUGGUUCAUCGGCAACGCGGCACACAUCCUGGCCAUUGUGACGAUAUUCCUGGCCGUGUACCUCCCGAAGGCGGAGCUGCCCGUCUGGAGCGUCUACAUUUUGGCAGCGUUCGUCGCAUUCCACGUGAUAAUGCACGUCUUGCUUUCGCUGAGCGCGUGCGCGUCGAGCGGCCGCGUGAGCAACGGGCGCGUGGCCUCGUUCCCGCUCAAGGAGAUGGCGCGGGGCGUGGGGGGCGCGGGGGGAAUCGCGCCGCCCAGGCAGCUCGCGCACGUCGACGCGGACGCGGACGCGCCGUUCUCGAGUUUCCGGAGACACAUGCUGAGCAUCUACGUCGCAAUCACACUUAUCUUCGUCGUCGCCAUGAUCUGCCUCGUCGCUUUGGCGCCAAUAUCCGAAACUUACAACAGCAUUGCCGGCGUU